GCCUGUGCUGUUAGUCCUUACACCGAAGAAGAAGUGGCAGGCACAACAAAAACACACAGCCACACCGAGAGGAACAUCUACGAAAUGUCCCGUUUUUAACUCAUAAAUCCUAUUUUAACACAUAUAGACAGAACGUUUCCGCGAAUAACCUAAACCAAAAUCUCACGGGAGGUCAAGUUAGGCACCAUGUUGUGUUAUUAAAAGGAAAUAACUUGCUGUCGUUGUUGUGUCGCGCAAUCAAUAGAAGCUAGCUAGCUGCGUCGUUAGCUUGUUUACAACCAGUUCGGUGUUCUCUUUGAUGUCACUGGGCUGUGGUACCGCGCGCAAACAUGGAGAGCUUGUACAAGCGGAAGGUUUUCGCGUCGAUGCGGAAAACCAAGGUGGACGCAUCAAAGAAAAGGAAAGUAAUCGGCUUGCCGGCCUCCAUUCUAGACGACAGUGACGAAGGCUCCUUCACCUCGUCCUCCUCCGGAUCCCAAUCCGACUUCCAGAGUUCCGCGGAGGAGGACAGCGGGCAGGAGGACCGCGGCCGGAGCGAUUCCGGGGCGAGUUCCAGCGACGACAGCCGCUCCGUGACCCGCAAAAAGCGCUCGUUCCUGGGAGGCGACAACAGCUCCUCGUCUUCCAGUCCCGGGGAGGAGGACACAACAGAUGAUGAGAAGGGGGCCAGAAGCCAGCCGAAGAGGUUGGUGCAGCCUAAAAAGCGGAGCAGGCUGCAGCGACAGGACGAGUCGGACUCGGACCAUGCGGAGGAGAAGCGCAGAGAGAAGGCGGAGGAGAAGCGGAGAGAGGAGGCGGAGAAGGAGAAGAAGAGGCAGAGACACAACAAGCUGCUGGCGCUGUCCCGGAGGAUGAAGGCCCGGGUCCCAAGCCGGAGGAGGAGCCGCCUGAAGGAGGGUGCGGGCGAUGAGGAAGAGUCCAAAGACGGUGAGGAUGAGGCUGGAGGUGAUGAAGAUGGCGGCGGAGGAGAAAACGGCAACGAAAAACAGGCUGCAGAGAGUGAUGAGGGAAGCAGAGAGAGGAAGAAAGAAACUAAAGAGGAGAAGGAAGAAGAGGACGACGAUGAAGAAGAAGGGGAGGAGGAGGAGGAGGAAGAGAAGUAAAUCCACUCCGUGAUGGAGUACAGAGGACUUUGAAUGUGACAAACUAAACACUUCUGAAACGGACUUCUAAUAACUUCGUUUGUACAGUUUUCCCUUCCCCUGCAGAAUUUAUAUUGGAAAGUUAAAACCACCAACCUGGAGUUACAAGGUUUUCACUGUCAUGUCUUGUUGCUAGAGAAACAGACACUG